UACAUUUUUUUUAGCUACCUCAAUUGUAACACGUAGCACAUACUAACACCAUCCUAUUAAAAAUGGUCGUUUCGAUGGAUAGAUGGGUGGGCAAAUUAGCCAUCGUAACUGGUGCUAGUUCUGGAAUUGGUGCCGCUAUUGCAGAUGCCCUCGUGGAAAAAGGCUUAAUCGUAUUAGGCGUAGCUCGCCGCUCUGAACGUAUAGAAGAACGUGCCAAACAACUGUCAAUCAAGAAAGGAAAACUCCAUGCUAUCAAAGCUGACCUGACAAAAGAGGAAGAUAUUUUGAAAGUUUUUAAAUGGGCUAAAGACAAUUUGGGUCCCGUCCACAUUUUGAUCAACAAUGCCGGAAAAGGAGCUCAAUUAAACUUAACAGAAGGCAAAACUGAAGACUGGAAAUCAGUUUUCGAUUUAAACGUCAUAGCACUGAGCAUCGCCACAAGAGAAGCAGUCAAAAUUAUGAAAGAAAACAAAAUCAAUGGGCACAUCGUACACGUGAACAGCGUAUUGGGACACAAAGUGAUUAAUUAUCCAAACCUAAACGUUUAUCCCGCAUCGAAAUUUGCUGUCACUGCUCUUACUGAAACUUUAAGGCAAGAAUUAAACCACCAAGGACUUAAAAUCAAAAUUACUAGUGUUAGUCCUGGUCUGGUAGAAAGCGAAAUGAGUACUUUAAAUCCGAAUCUAACAGCAGAGAGAAAAGCUGCUAUAGAGAAGAUGCCUAUUUUGAAAAGUGAAGAUAUUGCUGACGGUGUUGUAUAUGCCUUGUCUACGCCAGAACAUGUUCAAGUACAUGAGUUAACUAUUAAACCUGUUGGUGAAACAUUUUAAUCAGAAGAAGGUAUUUGUAAGAAUCGCUAUUGAAAGUUGAUAUCUGAGUUAUCUGAAUAAAGAAAUUAUUUCUA